AUGUCAAAUCAUUUUUAUUUACGAUUUGUAACUGUUUGAGGUUAGCUUGUUAGUCAAACAAAACUACUCAAAAUCACGCUCAAAACUAUACUUAUGCCACGAAACCACCACGAACUGAAUACAAGAUUAAUUUUGCUUUAUUUACUUUUGAUGCUGCCCCUUCGUGGCUACAUCUGUUUUGAGUUUUAGAGUGAUUGGAAUUUUAAGUUUCUGCUAGUUAAAUUUAUAUUUCAUAUAGACAUUUUCGCUCUGGGAGUUUGUCAGACGAAGGGCUACUUGUGAGGAUUGGCGAGUACAUACAAACAGCGGUUGCCGUGAUGGACGUGACGCACGCGUGUCGCUGCUGCCUGCGGCGUGCUCCGGACAAGGACCUGACGACGCCAUACACACAUCUCGGUGAAACGGAGAUAUAUGCCGACAUGAUCAAAGAGUGCUUUGAUAUACAUCUGGUGGUGGGCGGCUCGGGCUCGUGCGGCAUCUGCUCGGCGUGCGUGGGCCGCCUGCGAGACGCGAGCGACUUCAAGCUGCAAGUGCAGCGCAGCCAGGCGGAGCUGCGGGCGCGCACGCAGGGAGUGAGUCGUGUUAAAGAGGAAGAAUCUGCAGUCGAGCCAGAGAAUCUAGAAAUUCAGAAUAGAGAUGGCACCGGUGAUCCUGUAUCGGGUGAAGAGCCCCCGGUCAAGCCAGAGACGCGGGAUGAAGAUGGGACACCUAAUCAGAUAUUGCAUGAGGAGCUCAUAAUCAAGCCAGACCUGACGGACGAUGAUGAUGAUGACACAGGUGAUGAGAUGUCGCGUAAGUAGCAACUCGAAUAGAAACGGCGUAUUUAAUAAUUACGAGUC